CUUUGUCUCACACGUCCUCACAAUAUGAGUACUCAGGCAACAUUUACUUCCUCCUGGUUCAACCAGGCACAAUUUAUCCCGCCUGACGCGAUAUUCGCGUUGACAGCGCAAUACCAAGCUGACCCAUUCCCACAAAAAGUGAAUCUUGGACAAGGAACCUAUCGUGACGAGGAAGGCAAGCCAUGGGUCCUUCCAUCCGUGAAAAAAGCUCGCGAGAGUCUUCAAACCAAGGGCUUGCAGCAUGAAUAUCUUCCAAUUCUGGGUCUACAAAGCUUUCGAGAAGAAACUGCCAAAAUCGUAUUAGGCGCGGAGCUCUUCAAGGUGCAAGCGAGUAAAAUUGCAACCUGUCAGAGUCUCUCUGGCACCGGCGCCUUGCAUUUGGCUGGACUGCUGCUGCGAGCCUGUCAUACGAAAUUACCUAAGUUUUAUAUUCCUGAGCCCACCUGGUCUAAUCACCACCAGGUCUUCCAGUCGCUAGGCUUUCCUUGUGAGAGCUUCAAGUACUAUGACCAUGAGAUGAAGAGCAUGGAUAUAGAGUCAUUCUACUCGAUAUUGCGCCAGGCGGAGCCGAACUCGGUGGUGAUUCUCCACGCGUGCGCCCAUAAUCCGACGGGCUGCGAUCCGAGUAAAGAACAGUGGCGCGAGAUCGCACAACUCAUGAAAGCCCGACAGCUAUUCCCGCUCUUUGAUUCUGCCUACCUGGGAUUUAACUCGGGCAAUUUCGACGAAGACGCAUUUGCAAUUCGGCUAUUCCUGGGUGAGAUGCAGAUGGAAGCAGGUGUAUGUGUGUCCUUUGCGAAGAAUAUGGGUCUGUAUGGCGAGCGAGUGGGCUGUGUCUUGAUGAGCACAAUUGACAGGCAGGUCGCUGUGAACACGCAGUCUAUGCUGGAAAUGCUGCAGCGAUCUGAAGUGUCGAAUCCCCCUGCCUUUGGUGCGAAGAUUGCAAGCCAAGUCCUGGGAAAUGAUGAGUUGAGACAGAUGUGGUUUCAAGACAUGAUGACCAUGAGUGGUCGAAUUCGCUCGAUGAGAGCAGCAUUAUAUGAGAAACUGAUUUUGUUCGGGGCGCCUGGGUCUUGGGAACAUUUGAUUCAACAGUCCGGGAUGUUUGGAUUUCUGGGUCUGUCCCAUGCGGUAGUUUUGAAGUUGCGAGAAGAACACCACGUAUAUGUCGCGGACAACUCCCGAAUCUCCAUUGCUGGAUUGAAUGCUGGCAAUGUGGAAUAUGUCGCACGAUCGAUAACUCAGUGCCUGAGAGGUUUGGAGUAG